AUGGUUGGCAGGAGGCCAAGUGCACUGUCAGCAUGUUCUAGUGGUCUAUUGAUUUAUAAAGUGGCUUCUGUCUGUCUCUUUCUCUUUCUCCCCAACAUUUAUCUAAUCUCUCUUCUUCACCCUUUCACUUUAUCUUGCCAACCCCCCCCCCUCUCUCCUACUCUCUCGCUCGCUCUCCUCUCUCUACUCUCUCUCUCUCUCUCCUCUCUCUCUCGUCUCUCUCUCUCUACUCUCCUACUCUCUCUCUCUCUACUUCUCUCUCAGUCAUCUCUUCUCUCCUACUCUCUCUCUCUCCUCUCUCCCUCUCUCUCUCCCUCCCUUCUCUCUCUUCAUUACUCUCUCUUUCUCUCACUCUCUCCCCCCCUCUCUCUCUCUCAGCCCCCUCUCUCUCUCCCCCUCUCUCAUUCUCAGGUCCAGACCUCUACACCUCUCCUUGCUCUGCAGGUACCUGGGAACCCAGAUAGAACUCCAGUUCUGUAGGCCCAUGGCCCUCCAUUCUCUCCCCCAGUGAGAGGUGAUCCACGCUGGCCUCCCCAGCCCCCGCCCUGCCCCCGGACCCAGAGCCAGAGCCAGAGCCCGGCCCGGGCAGCCUAGAGGAGGAGCAGUAUGUGAGCCUGCCUGAACCACCCACCCCACCACCACCAUGCAGGGACGCUGAGACCCUCACUGGUAGGUGUGUGUGCGUGUGUGUGUUUGUGUGCAUCUACUAACAGAAAUGAGAAAAUAGUUAUAGGAUGUGAUGUGUCUCCUGUUUCUGGCUGUGGGCCUCAGUAUCCUGUUGGAUGGCAGUGAUUCUUUUCUCAUUCAUAAAUAAGUGUACAGAUUUGACUCCCCCCUCUCUGUAGAUGUGUGUAACACUGCUGACCUGCCGGAGGUUGAGAUCAUCAGUCUGUUGGAGGAGCAGCUGCCGGUGUACCGGUUACGUGCCGACACCGUCUUCGGUUAUGACCAUGACGACUGGCUACACACACCGCUACUGUCACCAGAGGCACGCAUCGACCUGACCACAGAACAGAUCGAGGAGACGCUCAAAUACUUCUGUAAGUGUUUGUGUGUGAGGGCGGUUAUGUGUGUGAGGGCGGUUUUGUGUGUGUGUGUGUAGUGUAAGUCGUUUUUGCUGUUCUAGUGCUUGGGGAGAUGGCAGACAGUUUCCACACAGUUUCUAGAUCUCUCUUGCAUAACCCCUGCAAUUAUAUUAGAUCUCUGUGUGUAUAAUGUAUAGUGUAUAGUGUAUAGUGUAUAGUGUAUAGUGUAUAAUGUAUAAUGUUAGUGUAUAGUGUAUAGUGUAUAAUGUAUAAUGUAUAAUGUAUAGUGUAUAGUGUAUAAUGUAUAGGGUAUAAUGGAUAGUGUAUAAUGUAUAGUGUAUAAUGGAUAGUGUAUAGUGUAUAAUGUAUAGUGUAUAAUGUAUAGUGUAUAAUGGAUAGUGUAUAGUGUAUAAUGUAUAGUGUAUAAUGUAUAGUGUGUAGUGUGUAGUGUGUAAUGUACACUGAGUAUACCAAACAUUAGGAGCACCUUCCUAAUAUUGAGUUGCAAAAGCAUUCCACGGGGAUGCUGGCCCAUGUUGACUCCACUGCUUCCCACAGUUGUGUCAAGUUGGCUGGAUGUCCUUUGGGUGGUGGACCAUUCUUGAUACACACAGGAAACUGUUGAGUGUGAAAAACCCAGCAGCGUUGCAGUUCUUGACACAAACCGGUGCUCCUGGCACCUACUACCAUACCCUGUUCAAAGGCACUUAAAUAUUUUGUCUUGCCCAUUCACCCUCUCAAUUGUCUCACGGCUUCUUUAUCCUUCUUUAACCUGUCUCCUCCCCUUCAUCUACACUGAUUGAAGUGGAUUUAACAAGUGACAUCAAUAAGGGAUCAUAGCUUUCACUUGGAUUCAUGGAAAGAGCAGGUGUUCUUAAUAUUUUGUAUACUCAAUGUAUAGUAUAUAGCAGGGAUGGGCAACUGGCGGGCCCUUUUAUAGGCCGGCGGACCAAUUAAAUGUUUUUUAAUAAUAAUAAUAUAUAUAUACAGUGGGGAAAAAAAGUAUUUAGUCAGCCACCAAUUGUGCAGGUUCUCCCACUUAAAAAGAUGAGAGAGGCCUGUAAUUUUCAUCAUAGGUACACGUCAACUAUGACAGACAAAAUGAGAUUUUUUUUCUCCAGAAAAUCACAUUGUAGGAUUUGUAAUGAAUUUAUUUGCAAAUUAUGGUGGAAAAUAAGUAUUUGGUCAAUAACAAAAGUUUCUCAAUACUUUGUUAUAUACCCUUUGUUGGCAAUGACACAGGUCAAACGUUUUCUGUAAGUCUUCACAAGGUUUUCACACACUGUUGCUGGUAUUUUGGCCCAUUCCUCCAUGCAGAUCUCCUCUAGAGCAGUGAUGUUUUGGGGCUGUCACUGGGCAACACAGACUUUCAACUCCCUCCAAAGAUAUUCUAUGGGGUUGAGAUCUGGAGACUGGCUAGGCCACUCCAGGACCUUGAAAUGCUUCUUACGAAGCCACUCCUUCGUUGCCCGGGCGGUGUGUUUGGGAUCAUUGUCAUGCUGAAAGACCCAGCCACGUUUCAUCUUCAAUGCCCUUGCUGAUGGAAGGAGGUUUUCACUCAAAAUCUCACGAUACAUGGCCCCAUUCAUUCUUUACUUUACACGGAUCAGUCGUCCUGGUCCCUUUGCAGAAAAACAGCCCCAAAGCAUGAUGUUUCCACCCCCAUGCUUCACAGUAGGUAUGGUGUUCUUUGGAUGCAACUCAGCAUUCUUUGUCCUCCAAACACGACGAGUUUUUUACCAAAACGUUCUAUUUUGGUUUCAUCUGACCAUAUGACAUUCUCCCAAUCCUCUUCUGGAUCAUCCAAAUGCACUCUAGCAAACUUCAGACGGGCCUGGACAUGUACUGGCUUAAGCAGGGGGACACGUCUUGCACUGCAGGAUUUGAGUCCCUGGCGGCGUAGUGUGUUACUGAUGGUAGGCUUUGUUACUUUGGUCCCAGCUCUCUGCAGGUCAUUCAUUAGGUCCCCCCGUGUGGUUCUGGGAUUUUUACUCACCGUUCUUGUGAUCAUUUUGACCCCACGGGGUGAGAUCUUGCGUGGAGCCCCAGAUCGAGGGAGAUUAUCAGUGGUCUUGUAUAUCUUCCAUUUCCUAAUAAUUGCUCCCACAGUUGAUUUCUUCAAACCAAGCUGCUUACCUAUUGCAGAUUCAGUCUUCCCAGCCUGGUGCAGGUCUACCAUUUUGUUUCUGGUGUCCUUUGACAGCUGUUUGGUCUUGGCCAUAGUGGAGUUUGGAGUGUGACUGUUUGAGGUUGUGGACAGGUGUCUUUUAUACUGAUAACAAGUUCAAACAGGUGCCAUUAAUACAGGUAACGAGUGGAGGACAGAGGAGCCUCUUAAAGAAGAAGUUACAGGUCUGUGAGAGCCAGAAAUCUUGCUUGUUUGUAGGUGACCAAAUACUUAUUUUCCACCAUAAUUUGCAAAUAAAUUCAUUAAAAAUCCUACAAUGUGAUUUUCUGGAUUUUUUUUUCUCAAUUUGUCUGUCAUAGUUGACGUGUACCUAUGAUGAAAAUUACAGGCCUCUCUCAUCUUUUUAAGUGGGAGAACAUGCACAAUUGGUGGCUGACUAAAUACUUGUUUUCCCCACUGUAUAUACAGUACCAGUCAAAAGUUUGGACACACCUACUCAUUCAAGGGUUUUUCUUUAUUUUUACUAUUUUCUACAUUGUAGAAUAAUAGUGAAGACAUCAAAACUAUGAAAUAACACAUGGAAUCAUGUAGUAUCCAAAAAAUAUAUUUUAUAUUUGAGAUUCUUCAAAGUAGCCACCCUUUGCCUUGAUGACAGCUUUGCACACUCUUGGCAUUCUCUCAACCAGCUUCACCUGGAAUGCUUUUCCAACAGUCUUGAAGGAGUUCCCACAUAUGCUGAGCACUUGUUGGCUGCUUUUUCUUCACUCUGCGAUCCAACUCAUCCCAAACCAUCUCAGUUGGGUUGAGGUCGGGUGAUUGUGGAGGCCAGGUCAUCUGAUGCAGCACUCCAUCACUCUCCUUUUUGGUCAAAUAGCCCUUACACAGCCUGGAGGUGUGUUUUGGGUCAUUGUCCUGUUGAAAAACAAAUGAUUGUCCCACUAAGUGCAAACCAGAUGGGAUGGCGUAUCGCUGCAGAAUGCUGUGGUAGCCAUGCUGGUUAAGUGUGCCUUGAAUUCUAAAUAAAUCACAGACAGUGUGACCAGCAAAGCACCCCCACACCAUCACACCUCCUCCUCCAUGCUUCACGGUGGGAACCACACAUGCAGAGAUCAUCCGUUCACCUACUCUGUGUCUCAGAAAGACACGGUGGUUGGAACCAAAAAUCAUCAGACCAAAGGACAGAUUUCCACCGGUCAAAAUAGUAAAAAUAAAGAAAAACCCUUGAAUGAAUAGCUGUGUCCAAACUUUUGUCUGGUACUGUGUGUAUAUAUAUAUAAUUUUUUUUCUAACUCAGUCGGGGUCUCAACCUACUGUUGAGAGUUAGAAUAAUAGAAUACACAAGGUGCAAUUUUUGAAUUUUAGUUGUGCAUCAGCAGUCACUCAAUUAGCCUAUGUGGGUAGGACUCUCUGGGACAGUCCUUGAUUGGUUCAGAUCUUAUCUAGAUGGCCGGAGUUACUUUGUCACCAUUGGUAAUCAUGAAUCUGAUAGGGUGGCUAUGACAUGCAGAGUUCCAUAGGGAUCAGUUCUCGGACCGAUUCUGUUCAAUCUCAAUAUGCUACCUCUGGGCUAAAUUUUACAGAACAACAACAUUAACUACCACAGCUAUGCUGAUGAUACUCAAAUAUAUAUGGCUCUCGAACCGUAUGACAACAGCUCAAUAGACUCUCUGUGUCACUGUAUAGAGCACAUAAAUACCUGGAUGAACCAAAAUGGUCUACAAUUAAACCAAUAUAAAACUGAGAUUAUUGUGUUUGGCAACAAAAAUAAAAGUAUUAGUAAAGAGCUGGAUUCUCGGGUCCUUAAAACCAGCGAUCAAGUGCGUAAUCUUGGUGUUCUGAUAGACUCAGACCUCACAUUUAACAGUCAUAUCAAAGCGGUCACCAAAACAGCAUUCUAUCAUCUAAAAAAUAUAGCUAGAAUCAAAGGCUUGGUGUCCCAAAAAGAUCAAGAGAAGCUCAUCCAUGCUUUUAUUUCUAGUAGGGUUGACUACUGUAAUGGCCUCUUAACAGGACUCCUGAAAAAUCAUGUAAAACAGCUGCAGCUCAUUCAGAAUGCAGCUGCUAGAAUGUUAACCAGGACCAAGAGAACGGAGCACAUCACUCCGGUUCUUAAAUCUUAACAUUGGCUUCCAGUCAGUUACAGAAUUGAUUUCAAAGUGGUGCUUUUAGUUAAUAAAUCUUUGAAUGGUUUAGGACCCGAGUACAUGUCUGAUAUGUUUGAAGAUUAUAAACCGAGCAGGGCUCUUAGAUCCAUGAACACAGGUCAGCUAGUAGAAGCCCAGAGCCCAAACUAAACAUGGAGAAGCUGCGUUUAGCACUUAUGCUGUACACAACUGGAAUAAACUACCAGAAGAUCUUAGAUGUGCCCCAAACGUAUCCAUUUUUAAAUCCAGGUUAAAAACACUUAUCUUUUCACGUGCCUACGACUAUGCACUUAAACUUAACCACACUGUUUAGCCUUAUAGCUUCCUAUGUUUUUAUCCCAUUUUUAAUUUUUAAUUUUUAAUCUUUAUAUGUUGUUUUUUUGUAUUUUUAUUAUUAUGAUGUUUUCAUUAUUUUUGAUAAACAUCUUUGUAAAGCACAUUGAAUUGCUUCGAUGUAUGAAUUGUGCUAUAUAAAUAAACUUGCUUGCUUGCUAUGUCAGCUAACAUUAUUUAGAUUGGCAAGUUAGUCUAGCGGCCAGCUAUCUAAACUUGUAGUAAGCAUGGUCGAAUUACCGACUGGUGUGGGGCCCAUUGAUCAUCAGUUAUCAUAUAAAAAUGCAAACAUUUGCAUGAAUUGCAUGAAAUUAGUUAUAAAAUUGCAAAAUCUGUCUGCCCCAUAGCAAAAUGUGUAGAAUUGCAGGAAAUUAACUUUAAAAUGUAAUCUUUUCAGACCCACGAGCCACUGCGACCCCUCAUGAUGAGUUCCGUUUUUUUGUUGCCCCACCCCCAUCAAAGUUACCCAUCCCUGGUGUAUAGUGUAUUCCUGAAGAGAGAUCAAAUGGGUCUACACCAUCAGGGGGAAGUCCAAUCAAUCGUUCCCAGCCUUGUUUUGGUCGUGUGGGAUGAGAUGUGUGUGUGUGUUCAGAGUGUGGAUGGAAGCUUAACCAUGAUUAUAUAGGUGGAUGGAUGCUCUGUGUCCUUGGACAGAGAGGGAAUACGUGUGUUUGUGUUUACUGUAUUGAGAUGGCCUGUGGGCAUGACUGUGGGUGUGACUGGGAAGGGAGGAGGGUCUGUCCCUGAGUUUGCAAUCUCUGAUUGGUUCCCUCUGUCUUCCUCCCCUCCUAUCAGGAUGCUAUCUCAGCUACAGCUCUCACUCAGCAGUAGACUGGAGUGUGUGUGUGACUUUCUUACCUAAAUACUGUCACUGUGGAAACGAGUAGAGGGAGGGAACGAGAGGAGAGAGGGAUGAGGAGGAUGGAGAGAAUAACAGGGGAUGGAUGUGAGCUGGAGGACUGGUGCUAUGAGGAGGGAACUGAGGGUAACACUGCUGUUUGUGUUUGUGUGUGUGUGUGUGUGUGUGUGUGUGUGUGUGUCUGAGUGUGUCUGUGGUUUUAUUUGUAUUUCAGAGAGAGAUAAAGAGGGAGAGAGUUGUGUUAGGUGUAAAUCUGUUUUUCAGUAUGUUGUGGAGAGAUUGUAAGACUCCAUCAUUAAGUGAUUUGGUCCUGUAUUGUGUAGAGAGAAGGGUGCUUCAGGCUCAUAUUUGACAUUUGUCUGUCAUUUGUUUUAGUGUAGCUUGUUUUCCACUCAUAGUUGACUCUCAUGCUGUGGCUCCAGAGAAGUAAAGGCUAGUAAGUGUAUAAUUAAGCAAUAAGGUCCAAGGGGGCUAAGGCUAAGGCCUAUUCUUACGCACGACACAACGCGGAGUGUCUGGAUACAGCCCUUAGCCGUGGUAUAUUGGCCAUAUACCACAAACCCCCGAGGUGCCUUAUUGCUAUUAUAAACUGGUUACCAACAUAAUGAGAACAGUAAAAAUAAAUGUUUUGUCAUACCCGUGGUAUACGGUCUGAUAUACCACGGCUGUCAGCCAAUCAGCAUUCAGGGCUCGAACCACCCAGUUUAUAAUAAUGUUUAAUAAUGUGUUAUAAUAGGUUUAAAGAGCAACUGAUGGAGCUGUGUGAUGUUGAGCUGGUUCAGUGUGAUAUGUCUGCCCUCAGGCUCACAAACACGCUUCCCAGGGUCUCGAUUCAUGUUUGUUUUUGUUUUGGUAUUGGUUUAUUGACAGAACAUCAGGUUUUAGGAAGUGUCUGUCUAUUGGGUGUUGUGGAAGCUAAAUAAGUAUUGUAUUUUAUGGAUGCUCUAGCUCUCUUUAACUGUAAUUUAGUUGGAAGUUUAUUGAAAGCUGGUUGAUUAAGAAGAGGCUAUGUUAUGUUUUAGUGGUUUUCUAGGUCAUUACUAAUUAAACUGUGCAGUAUUGAUUAUUAGAGUUCUGAUCAAUAUCAGCUUCUUGCCUAUUGAGCGCAUCAGCUGUGUGCGACAUGGAAAAAAGUCCCCUUAUCUGAACCCUCAGUGUGUUCCAGGUAAAUCAGUCCCCGGUAGUGAUGCACGGGUUGACUCAUAACCCGCAGUCCCCGCGGUUAUAUCUGCGGGACGGGCAGGUUUAGGGUCAUGAAAUAUUGUGUGGCUGAAGAGCAGGUGGGUGGCGGACGGUUGAUAAAGAGAAAACAAUGCCUUAAAUCCAUAAAUGUAUCAUUCUUGUGCAAUAGUAUAUCUAUAGGCUACACAUUGAGUUUUUUCCCCCCAUUAUUUUAGUGCAUUAGUGCAUAAGCCUAAGCUUACAUGUGCCAAAUAGCCUACAUGGCAAUCAGCAAAAUGCUUUUGGGAAUGGGCAGAAAAAGUUAACGUCGAUCCAUGGAGGCAAAAAGGACAAUGUGUCUGUGGUGUUAAGUUUAAUUCAAUAAGAGAAAAGCUGCAAAAUGGAGAGUUGAAAAUAAAGAGAAGGGAGGGACAGAAAAGUCAUGUUUGGGAAAGAUUUGGUGAAGUUGUAAAAGAGGAUGAUAGCAGUGCCGGCUAUGUUAUGUGUGAUGAUUGUGAGGCGCUAUACAAAUUUGACAGUCACAAGACAUGGACUUCAAAUAGACCUAUGGCACAUCAAGGGAACUGUAGCCUACUGUUCAGAUGGGUUAAAUGGUAACUGAAAUCUGGACACUGGCUGUAGGUCUAUAACCUCUCACAUAGCCUAAAUAUUAACUCCUGCAGAAUUAAGCAUUUCUUUCAGUAAAAUGAUACACCAAAUAUAUGCAACAUUUAGACUAGGGAACAUGAGUGGAGAAAUAUGAUUUAUUUCAGCAUCUUGAGAGAAUGCGAAAGCAAUUAGAUACCAUCUGUAGACGUGCUAUCUUUAUCAGCAUCAUAAAAGCUGAUAGUAUUUUUCAACCACAUAAAAUAUGCAUCCAAGCCAAAGUGAAAUCUUAUCAGAAGCAUGUUGGGUCGUUUUCACAGCUUUCUAUUUCAUUACAACCGGUCAAACUGAUGUCAUUUCGAAAUUUUGCACAUUGUUUUUUUAGAGUUAUUGCAUUUUUCUCCCAGGUCCCUAAAGGUCUUUGUCCGCGAAAGAAGCAGAGAUGACAGAGAACACUUUACCGAUGGCAACUAGAUUAAAGCAUUCAUUCUAUUGAUUUAUGACAUUGUUCUGGUGAGCAAGGGUUUAUUUGGUCUCCUAGGGCAACAUAUAAGGACAAAUGAGAAUCUGCAUGUAUCUAAUUAAUGACUAUCAAAUAGCCUACCAAAAUGUUGGAAAUUAUAAGCGGAAACAUACAUGUACAGUGCCUUCAGAAAGUAUUCAUAACCCUUGACCUUUUCCAAAUGUUGUUGUGUUACAGCCUGAAUUCAAAAUGGAUUACAUUAUAGUUUUUUUCUCACCCAUCUACACACAAUACCCCAUAAUGACAAAGUGAAAACAUGUUUUUAGAAAUGUUAACACCCCUGAGUCAAUACAUGUUAGAAUCACCUUGGGCAGUGAUUACAGCUGUGAGUCUUUCUGGGUAAGUCUCUUAAGAACUUUCCACACCUGGAUUGUGCAACAUUUGCCCAUGAUUAUUUUCUAAAUUCUUCAAGCUCUGUCAAAUUGGUUGUUGAUCAUUGCUAGACAACCAUUUUCAGGUCUUGCCAUAUUUGGUAUUUGGUAUUUUAUUAGGAUCCCCAUUAGCUGUUGCAAAAGCAGCAGCUAAUCUUCCUCGGGUCCACACAAAACAUGAAACAAUACAUAAUACAGAACAUUAAUAGACAAGAACAGCUCAAGGACAGAACUACAUAAAAAUUUUUUAAAGGCACACGUAGCCUACAUAUCAAUACAUACACACAAACUAUCUAGGUCAAAUAGGGGAGAGGCGUUGUGCCGUGAGGUGUUGCUUUAUCUGUUUUUUGAAACCAGGUUUGCUGUUUAUUUGAGCAAUAUGAGAUGGAACGGAGUUCCAUGCAAUAAUGGCUCUAUAUAAUACUGUACGCUUUCUUGAAUUUGUUCUGGAUUUGGGGACUGUGAAAAGACCCCUGGUGGCAUGUCUGGUGGGGUAAGUGUGUGUGUCAGAGCUGUGUGUAAGUUGACUAUGCAAACAAUUUGGGAUUUUCAACACGUUUCUUAUAAAAAGAAGAAGUGAUGCAGUCAGUCUCUCCUCAACUCUUAGCCAAGAGAGACUGGCAUGCAUAGUAUUUAUAUCAGCCCUCUGACUACAAUGAAGAGCAAUAUGUGCCACUGUUUUGGGCCAGCUGCAGCUUAACUAGGUCUUUCCUUGCAGCACGUCUUGUAAGGAAGAUUUUCAAGUAGAUUUUCAAGUACAUUUAAGUCAAAACUGUAACAUUCACUGUCUUCUUGAUAAGCAACUCCAGUGAAGAUUUGGCCUUGUGUUUUAGGUUAUUGUCCUGCUGAAAGGUGAAUUCAUCUCCCAGUGUCUGGUGGAAAGCAGGCUGAACCAGGUUUUCAUGGAGGAUUUUGCCUGUCCUUAGCUCCAUUUAAUUUAUUUUUUAGCCUGAAAAACUCCCCAGUCCUUAACGAUUACAAGCAUACCCAUAACAUGAUAGAGCCACCACUAUGCUUGAAAAUAUGGAGAGUGGUACUCAGUAAUGUGUUGUAUUGGAUUUGCCCCAAACAUAACACUUUGUAUUCAGGACAGAAAGUUAAUUGCUUUGCCACAUUUUUAGCAGUAUUACUUUAGUGCCUUGUUGCAAACAGGAUGCAUGUUCUGGAAUAUUUUUUAUUCUGUACAGGCUUCCUUCUUUUCACUCUGUCAAUUAGGUUAGUAUUGUGGAGUAACUACAAUGUUGUUGAUCCAUCCUCAGUUUUCUCCUAUCACAGCCAUUAAACUCUGUAACUGUUUUAAAGUAACCACUUGCCUCAUGGUGAAAUCCCUGAGCGGUUUCCUUCUUCUCUGGCAACUGAGUUAGGAAGGAUGCUUGUAUCUUCUUUGUAGUGACUGGGUGUAUUGAUACACAAAAUGUAAUUAAUAACUUCACCAUGCUCAAAAUGAUAUUCAAUGUCUGUUUCUUUUACCAAUAGGUGCCCUUGUUUGCGAGGCAUUGGAAAACCUCCCCUGGUCUUUGUGGUUGAAUCUGUGUUUGAAAUUCACUGCUCGACUGAGGGACCUUACAGAUAAUUGCAUGUGUGGGGUACAGAGAUGAGGUAGUCAUAAAAAAAUUAUGUUAAACACUAUUAUUGCACACUGAGUAAGUCCAUGCAACUUAAUAUGUAACUUGUUAAGCAAAUCUUUAUUCCUGAACUGAUUUAGGCUUGCCAUAACAAAGAGGUUGAAUACUUAUUGACUGAAGACAUUUCAGCUUUUCAUUUUUUAUAAAUUUGUAAACGUUUCUAUAAACAUAAUUCCACUUUGACAUUAUGGGGUAUUGUGUGUAGACCAGUGACAAAAAAUCUAAAUGUAAUCCAUUUUAAAUUCAGGCUGUAACACAACAAAAAGAGGAAAAAGUCAAGGGGUGUGAAGACUUUCUGAAGGCAAUGUAUCUCAAUUAGGCAAACAACUGACUGUAGCCUACAGCGCAUUUUCUAUAUUAGCGGGUUAGUGUCGGGUGCGGGCCUCAGAUUUUCACUUUAUCACAUAAAGUCGCUGAUAGUCGGGCGGUUGCGGAUGGGUUAUUAGCAAUUGCGGGCGGGUUUAGCAAGUCAAUUAGUGUAAUUUAGGGUUUGGGUUAGGGGUAUGGUUAAGGCUUAGGUUGAGGUUAUGGCUAAUGGUUAAAAUCAGAUUUUAAUGUGUUUCUUACACUUCUCUAUAAACAGUGUGCGUCUUCUAACUCCUCUCUCCAUCCAUAGUGCUAUGUGCAGACAGAGUGGGCCAGAUGACGAAGACCUACAAUGACAUCGAUGCUGUCACACGUCUGCUGGAGGAGAAAGAGAGGGACCUGGAGUUGGCUGCUCGGAUCGGCCAAUCACUGCUCAAGAAGAACAGAACGCUCACAGAGAAGAAUGACUACCUGGAGGUACAAGUGGGACACAUCACAGAGGAGGUGAGAGAGACAUUGGGUCAUAGAGGAGCACACAUGUGCAUGUACACACACCUGCAUUUCUAAGAACUGAGUUACAAGGGCAGUAGUUCCUCACGCAUAAACCCAGCUCCCUGUUUUUGCCAAUGUUGCAAAGUUAGGUGUCAAUGGUCAAUUUUUAAAAAUACAUUUUGAGUAUAUGAAAGAGUAAACAUAUUCUUUUUUAGUAGUAUAAACAUGACUUUUUAAAGAACCGUUGUUAUAGAUAUUUAGUUAUUGAUAUGAUUAAACAACACUGAAUGCUAGUGCUGCAUCACCAGCUCAGUGUUCUGUGUGUUCUCAGGUGGCCCAGCUGCAUCAUGAGUUGAACCUGAAGGAUGAGCUGCUGCAGUUCUACACCAAUGCAUCAGAGGAGAGUGAAGAGGAGUCUACUACUGGUUCACCCACGUUAGUAUUGUCUGUGUGUUUACUAUUCCUGACUGUCUUUCUAUCUCUGUCUCACUCUCUCUCUCUCUCUCUCUCUCUCUCUCUCUCUCUCUCUCUCUCUCUCUCUCUCUCUCUCUCUCUCUCUCUCUCUCUCUCUCUCUCUCUCUCUCUCUCUCUUUUGCUUUCUCUCUCCCCUCUCUCUCUCUCUCUCUCUCUCUCUAGGGGUAAGCGGAGUAAGCUGCUGGGUGUAUCAGGGUUUGGAGCUGACUCUAUGCAGAGGAAACUCAGAGAGCUGGAGGAAGAGAACCUAUCCCUCCGCUCAGAGGCCUGUAAUCUGAAGACUGAGACUGAGAUCUACGAGGAGAAGGAACAACAGCUUGUCAACGACUGUGUUAAAGAACUCAGUGAGUGGAGGAGUAUUAUACUCUUUCUUUCUUCUCUCUCUCUCGCUCGCUUUCUCUCUCUCUCUCUCUCUCUCUCUCUCUCUCUCUCUCUCUCUCUCUCUCUCUCUCUUGCUCUCUCUCUCUCUCCCUCUCUCUCUCUAUGUGCUUCCUUUCUCUGUACUCUCCUCUUUUGUCCAUUCACUUAUUUUGUUCAUCCUCUCUCUCUCUCUCUCUAUGCUCUCCACCUUUUCUAUCAAUUAAAAUAUACUUCACUGGCAUUUAAUGCCUCUAUUGGCAUGAAUGUAAAUGUAUGUUGCCAGAGCAACUAAUGAAUUCCCCCUCUCCCCCCUCCUGUCUCCAGGACAGUCCAGUCUGCAGAUCAACACCAUAGCGGAGGAGUUGGCUCGGAAGACAGAGGACGCCAUGCGACAGCAGGAGGAGAUCACACACCUGCUCUCUCAGAUAGUUGACCUACAGAAGAAAGCCAAGUCGGUGAGAGACGCACACUCAUGCUUUACCCUCAGUACUAUAGUGCACGCAUUGUGGUAUAUAUGCUCAGUACAAUACUCUCUUUGUGUGUGUUUCUUUAGUACGCAGUGGAGAAUGAGGAGCUCUCUCAGCACCUAGGGGCAGCUAAAGAUGCCCAGAGACAACUCACAGUCGAGGUUAGACUCACACCCUAUCCCUUUGCCAUCCUACACCUCAUGUAUACUUUACCAAUGAGAAACAGUCAUCAAGCCUGCUCUCUUUUCUUUCUUCUUGCUCUAGCUAACAGAUUUGGAUGGUAAGUAUUCAGAGUGUAUAGAGAUGCUCCAUGAGGCUCAGGAAGAGCUGAAGUACUUGAGGAACAGAAACUAUCCUGCUGGAACACCACGCAGAUUCCAUCCUCUGGGUCUCUACCCUAUGGUAUGUGUGUGGUAGGGGUUAUCAGAACAUACACUCUCAAAAGAGUGAUCUCCUUUUGAGAGUGUAGGUGCAUAUCAUAGAGCUGAUGGUGUGUGUGUCUGUGCUGUGUGUGUGUGUGUACGGCAGGACUCCCUGGCAGCAGAGAUAGAGGGGACGAUGAGGAAGGAGAUGAGUCUGGAUGACCCUGAGUGCGAGGAACAGAAGUACACACGCUUCUAUUAGUUUAUAACACUCUUCUAAUCUUUAUAUAUACUGUCUAGUAACAUAAACUCACCUAUACUCAUAAUAUAUAUUCAUAGCUAUCAUACUUGCCUACACUCAUGCCUAUUUAAUUUUGUGUGUGUGAGCAGGGUGCACCACAAGCGUGUGUUUGAGACAGUGAAGAACAUCAACCAGACGGUCCGACAGCGUUCUCCAAUCCUGUCCAACGCCAACAUCCCGGGAUCCAAUCAGGCGUCGUCUCUUAGCUCCGCUCACUCCAGUGGCAGGACCACGCCCAUGGCUGGUAGCAUUGGCUGUGAUGUCAGAGGUGACGGUGUUGCCCUUGACAACCGACAACAGAGCAUGCUCAUGGAGUCAGCAGCAGCCAAUCAGGACAGGUGAGUCGUACAUACCUGAACCUGGGAUUGUUCCAGCCUGUCUCUGACGCAGUAUAGAUGUACAGUUGACCAGAUCUCGCCUGCAGGAACCAUAUUGAAUGAAAUUAAAGCAAUCUUUUCAUAUUUACCAGGUGAUUUUUUCCCCCUUUUUCUAUUUCUGUGCAUCAGUCUAAUAAUGUUAAAAUAUCUCUGUUUGGGCAUUAGUGUGGACGCCCGUGCUAAGAAAGCAGCUGGUGUUGAGGACCUGAAGCUGGCGUUACGUCGCCUGUCCCUGCGCCGCCAGAACAACCUGAGCGAGAGACGCUUCUUCGAGGAGGAGAGAGGGAGGAGGAGAGGUGGAGGAGGAGUUGUGCAGGACGGGGGCGGGGGGCAGGGGGGUGGGAUGACCCCCUCAGAUAGCAUAAUGUCUCUGGGGUCGUUACACCUGUGGGCCUCCCGACCAUACCUCCCCGACAAACUACAGAUCGUUAAACCCCUGGAAGGUGAGGGAGAGAAGGAGAGGGGGAUGAGGGGAGAGGAGGAGAGAGGGAUGGGGUGGGGGAGAAAGAGGGAGAGGGAAGAGAGGGAGGGGCUGGUCAAGCUGUGGGAGAGAGGUAGUGAGUGGCAGGGAGAGGUGGAAGGAGGGAGCGAGGUAGAGAGAGAAAGAGAGGGAGAGGGAAGGAAUGGGGAAAAGACUGGAGGAGAGAGGGAGAGAGGGAGAAGAAGUUGGAGCAGGAAGAGGGUGUUAGAUAGAGAGAGGGAGCGAGGGAGGAGAUGGGCUAGAGAGGUAGAACAGGGGAGAGAGACAGAGGGAGGGAUGGGAAGAGGAGAGCGUCCUGUAUCUUUAAUGUUGUUUAACUCGUUCUGGUCUCUGAUGCAUCACCAUCGUAAGUCAGGCCUCUCCACCUCACAAUCCUACUAUAGAGACCCUCAGCCUAGAGGCUGGCUGGGGAUAAAAUAGAAGUUUAAUCAUGAGCAGUGUGGGGUUUUGUUGUGCUUCUGCUGCCAUCUGCUGGUGAGGGGAGAAACAUACAACAUGAUCACAUUUUGAUGUAAUGUUUUAGUCAACUUUACCACCCCAUAAAUAUGUUAGAUAUCUGAGUCUUAACUCUUUAUUUUCUCAUUAGUUCACCAUUCCAUUUGUUUUGGUGUAUUCAUUUUUUCCUAUGCUACUUUCCUUCUUCUUAUAAUACUUUCAUUUCUGUCAUCUCUCAUUUGCUAAUUUUAAUGAAAUCCUUUGUUCAUUUUUAGCUUCUGUUUAACUCUCCUUUACUCUGCAUCUUCAAUAAAAAUCUGACCUCAUUCUCUUCUUUUGCCUUCUUCAUUUCACUAUUCUUUCACUUCUGUUGCCUGUAUUUAGCUGUGUGUUUCCUCUCCUCUAUAAUAAGGUCUGUUCAUUUACUCUGCAGUCUCAUCUUUCUCUCCAGCCUCCCUAGCUUUGUGUUGGCCUUUACUGUUAUGUCUUUAACCAUAGUCUAGAGUUGAGAUGUUUUCAUGCAGUACUAUAAAAUACACCGUCUUUCUUCACUUCUCUCAAAUGUUUAACCACAUAUAGCAAAUUGUGAGUGUGUGUCUGUGAUUGUGUCUGUGUAAUAUUUUUCUCUCACCCUCUGCAUUUCCCUCUUGGUCCUGUCCUCUCCAGGCUCUGCGACCCUGCACCACUGGCAGCAGUUGGCUCAGCCCCACUUAGGAGUGAUCCUGGAUGCUAGACCUGGGGUUGUACCUAAAGGCUUCAGGCCUCUGGAACUAGAGCUGGAACAGGUAAGUGUGUGUGUGUUUCCCAUGGGUGUGUGUGUAUAUGGAGUAACCUGUGUGUUUGUGUGUGCGUUUGGGUGUUGCAGGUGUAUCCAUGGGGUGGUUUCGAGGAGGAUGAACCAGGAGAGCAGUACUUCCAGAGUCUCCCCACCUCCUCAGCCUCCGCCUCCCCCGCCCUCCCCCCUCAGCCUCACCCUCCUCACCCCUCUACCCCCCUCAGCCACCUCGCCUCCCCCUCAACCCCCUCUCCCUCCCCUCACCUAAGCAACACUGAUCCUGCAGGUAUGUUUCUAUAUGCACAUACAGAUACUAUGAUAGAUGCUAAUAGAACACGUUAGAUACUAAGAAUAAUUUACCCUUUAUAUUCAAAGCGAUAGAAAGAGAGAGAGAGAGCGAUUCAAAAGACAGAGAGAGUGCGAUAGAAAUAAAGAAACAGAAAGAGAAAGUGGUUUAGUGGUUACCUGAGUGGUUCAGUGGUUCAGUCAUAUACACACUGGUUCAGUGGUUCACUGAGGGGUUCAGUGGUUCACGGCUACUUUUCCAGCCAGGAAAGGUAGAGGAGAACAGAUAGACUAUUGUGUUUGUGUCUUUGUGUUUUCAGCGGUGUACUACCCAGGUAAAUGCAUGGCCCAUACCAGCUCUACCUACACCUUUACUACCUGUCGUAUCCUACAUCCAACUGACGAGCUGACCCGCGUCACACCUAGGUAGGGAGACACACCAUACACCUACAGUGCAUUCGGAAAGUAUUCAGACCCCUUUACUUUUUCCACAUUUUGUUAAGUUACAGCCUUAUUCUAAAAUUGAUUAAAUAGUUUUUUUCCCUCACCAAUCUACGCACAAUACCCCAUAAUGACAAAUUGAAAGCAGGUUUUUAGACAUUUUAGCAAAUGUAUUUUUAAAAAACCCCGGAAAUAUCACAUUUACAUAAGUAUUCAGUCUGUUUACUCAGUACUUUGUUGAUCACCUUUGGCAGCGAUUACAGCCUUGAGUCUUCUUGGGUAUGACGCUACAAGCUUGGCACACCUGUAUUUGGGGAGUUCUCCCAUUCUUCUCUGCAGAUCCUCUCAAGCUCUGUCAGGUUGGAUGGGGAGUGUCGCUGCACAGCUAUUUUCACGUCUCUCCAGAGAUGUUUGAUCGGGUUCAAGUCCGGGCUCUGGCUGGGUCACUAAAGGACAUUCAGAGACUUGUCCCGAAACCACUCCUGCGUUGUCUUGGCUGUGUGCUUAGGGUCGUUGUCCUGUUGGAAGGUGAACCUUCGCCCCAUUCUGAGGUCCUGAGCACUCUGGAGCAGGUUAUCAUCAAGGAUCUCUCUGUACUUUGCUCCGUUCAUCUUUCACUCGAUCUUGACUAGUCUCCCAGUCUCUGCCGCUGAAAAACAUCCCCACAGCACGAUGCCGCCACCACCAUGCUUCACCGUAGGGAUGGUGCCAGGUUUCCUCCAGACGUGACGCUUGGCAUUCAGGCCAAAGAGUUCAGUCUUGGUUUCAUCAGACCAGAGAAUCUUGUUUCUCAUGGUCUGAGAGUCCUUUAGGUGUCUUUUGGCAAACUCCAAGCGGGCUGUCAUGUGCCUUUUACUGAGGAGUGCCUUCCGUCUGGCCACUCUACCGUAAAGGCCUGAUUGGUAGAGUGCUGCAGAGAUGGUUGUCCUUCUGCAAGGUUAUCCCAUCUCCACAGAGGAACUCUGGAGCUCUGUCAGAGUGACACCUCCCUGACCAAAGCCCUUCUCCCCCGAUUGCUCAGUUUGGCCAGGCGGCCAGGCGGCCAGCUCUAGGAAGAGUGUUGGUGGUUCCAAACUUCUUCCAUUUAAGAAUGAUGGAGGCACUGUGUUCUUGGGGACCUUCAAUGCUGCAGAAUGUUUUUGGUACCCUUCCCCAGAUCUGUGCCUCGACACAAUCCUGUCUCUGAGCUCUACGGACAGUUCCUUCGACCUCAUGGCUUGGUUUUGCUCUGACAUGCACUGUCAACUGUGGGACCUUAUAGAGACAGUUGUGUGCCUUUCCAAAUCAUGUCCAACCAAUUGAAUUUACCACAGGUGGACUCCAAUCAAGUUGUAGAAACAUCUCAAGGAUGAUCAAUGGAAACAGGAUGCACCUGAGCUCAAUUCCGAGUCUCAUAGCAAACGGUCUGAAUACUUAAGUAAAUGUGAUAUUUCUGUGGUUUUUUAAAACGCAUUUGCACAAAUUUCUAAAAACCUGUUUUCACUUUGUCAUUAUGGGGUAAUUUUAAUCCAUUUUAGAAUAAGGCUGUAACGUAACAAAAUGUGGAAAAAGUGAAGAGGUCUGACUACUUUCCAAAUGCACUGUAUCUCUCCUCCUUCUCUACCUCUACCUUCACCAUAACUCUGUUCCCAUUCUCCCUCUUCUCUCUGAAGUGUACACUUGCUCACUGUGGCCACAUGUUAUCUAAUAGAUCACAAUUGUUGCAGUGUGCAGUCUCCAUGUUCUCCGUUUUUUCUCUUUUUCAAAUGGUGUUGGUCUCCCUUCCCCCUCUCCAGUGUUAACCCCGGCGUGUCCUCGUCAUCCUGUGUGAUGACAUCAUCUAUCCUGGCCACUCCCGCUGCCACGCCCUGUCACACACCCCGAAGGAUGAGUCUACUACGACCCUCUGAGUCUUCUACCAACCUCAGGUACACACACACACACACACACACACACACACACACACACACACACACACACACACACACACACACACACACACACACACACAUACACACACACACACUCAACUUGAUAGAUUAACUCUAGCUACUACGUCUCAUUCCCAGGACUUUGUGUGUCUGUGUGUGUGUGUGUGUGUGCGCCUUCCCGUGUGUAUAUGAUUUCCUCUUCUUCAGGGAAGCCACACGUACCACCAGUACCUCUCUGGGAUUAGUGCGCCUUCUGCAGGAGAGAGGCAUCUCUGCAGCCAUGUACCACCACCAGACCCAGGGCUGGGACAGAGCUGGCGGGCCCGGGGUGGGGAGAGGAGGGGUGCUGUUCAGUACCUCUAUUACCCCUAACCUCAACCUAGCUCCCCACCCCGACACCCUCCGCCCCUCCACUCCCCCCAACUCCCCCACAGGACACGACCCCCCAUCUUCGGGCACCAACACCCCUGCGGGGUUCGACUUCAAGUCUCCCUCCUAUGAAAACUUCCUUGCCUCCAAGCCGGCGCGGUCCAUUCUGAAGGAGGUGGCGGGGGGGAUGGGGAGCAGCCGGAGCAGGAGGCAGCAGAGGGGGAGAGACUGUGAGAGCCAGACAGAUGUUAGCGUCACGGUUCAUAACCUCAACCUGGUGGACAAGGUGAGGCGCCUGGGUGUGGCUGGGUGUCCUCCAGGACCAGGGGGUGUACCCGGGGGACCAAGCCCCCUCCUGGGGCCUCUGGGUGGGCUACGGAGGCCCGGGUCGCCCUUUGGACCAGAGGGGAUGAGGAGGAACAGGAGCUAUCCAGCUAUGGUAGGGGCCAGUAUGGCGAUGAAGGGCCCGGGGCCCCAGGAGGACUCAGAACUACUGCUGCCUCCUAACAGAAUGCCUAAACAGAAGAGCCUCAAGUAG